GCGUGCAACAUUCGUUUCUCCACGAUACUUUUGUUUUUAAUUGUAUAUUCAGCUCAUGUCUUGCACAUGAAUGAUAUGAUUCUUGCCUUAUGUACCUGUGCUUACAAGCUCUAGAGGAUUUUGCUUGUUCCACUCACACUUGCUUCAUCUACCCACGUUCCCCGGUGCCACGGUCCGUCUGGUUGGCAAUUGGGAGCCUGUUUUAGAGAGCCGUCCAAGGCUGACUCGAUUCGGAUUGGGGGCUCCUUGUCAGCAGGCUAGUUUCCCCUUCGCCUUUGUCCUACACACCAUCACUUCUCAAAUCAACACACGGCCUCUUUGUGCAGGAGCUGACCAACAACAGCACGCCGCGAAAAAGCAACACCAUUCAUUUUCUUCUUUCUCAUCCUCUUGACUUUUUUUUCUAGUUACAAAACAAGCAUCCCACUCGUUUUUGGGGCAUAAAUAUUUAUAUUGUGCUUUUUUCCCCUUCUUUUUCUUUUCUUGUUUGUUCAUUUGCGUCAUCUCCCGGAUCCAAAACUCACUCUCUCAAACUCGCCCCAUUUCUUAUUUCGUCAUUACCCUUGGGGGAUCGUGAAAGUGAGAAACAGAGCACCUCUCUCUAUAACUAAACCAACCACACGCAAACAACCAUGGAUUUAAUUACCAAUUUGUGGCCAGAAAGGCCAAGCCAUUCAUUUGUCGUCUUGACGACCGUCGCUGCAACCUUUGCGAUAUUUAUCACCCUGCGACGAUGCUUGUACCCGAGGCAUCCGAGGAUAAUUCCAGGCCCACUCAAGACGGUAAUCCCGAACCUCACAAAGGAUGAGGUUGCAAAGCUCGACUAUACGCCCGAUUACUUUCCCAGCGCCAGGGAUGUCCAGACUCCGUAUGGAUCCAUGAGAGUAUACGAGUUCGGCCCCACGACCGGCCGCAAGAUACUCUUCAUCCACGGCAUCUCCACCUCGUGCCAGACGCUGACCAAGCUCGCCUACGGCCUGGCCGCCCGUGGCCACCGCGUCAUGCUCUUUGACCUGUUCGGCCGCGGCUUCUCCGACGGUGUCGGCGACCUGCCCCACGAUGCGAGGCUGUACGUCUCUCAGGCUCUGUGCGCCCUCGCUUCUUCCCCCCUGUCGUGGAUGGACGGUAGCACCGGCAGCUUCGACCUGGCCGGCUACUCGCUCGGCGGCGGCGUCGCCGUCCACUUUGCCGCCUCGUUCCCUGCCACCGUCCGGAGCCUGAUCCUGCUCGCCCCCGCCGGCAUGAUCCGCAAGGAGAGCUUCGGUGCCGUCACCAGGUUCGUCUUCACCGCCGGCCUGGUCCCUGAGCGCGUCCUCGCCGCCCUCACCAGGUGGAAGCUGCAGAAGCCCAUCGCUAGCGCUGCCGCCAAGAGGCCGCGCCAGCAGCAGCAGCAGCAGAAGGAAGGCGAGACCAAGCCGCUCCUGACGGCCGCGAACGGGGCCGAGGGUCAGGAAGGCAGCCACGGGAGGGCCGUGGGAUCGGAAAAAGCCCAGCGGGAGAGCAACGGCACCAAGCACCAGCACCAGCAUCAGCACCGCGCAUCGAACCCGGUCAGCAUGGCGACCUCUGAAAUUCAGCCGCCUCAGGCCCAAGAGUCCGCAGAUCGGCUCGAGCGGCGCGUCAUGCGCUACGUGCGCUGGAUGCUGACCAACCACGCUGGCUUCGUACCGGCCUUCAUGAGCACGAUCCGCGAGGCCCCGCUGAUGGGCCAGGACGACGCCUGGAGCCGCGUCGGGACGAGCAGGCGCGCCGGCACCACCUGCGUGAUCCUGGGCCAGGACGACGAAAUCAUCGAUCCCGAGGCCUACGAGGAGGACGCCCUUCCUCUCCUGGGCGGACGUUCCCAGGUCAGGUGGCGCGUCUUCCCGGCCGCGAGCCACGACUUCCCCAUGACGCACGCUGAGGAAACGCUGGAGGAGCUGGAUGCCUUCUGGGCCGAGUUUCCCACUGCGGAGGAGUCUAUUGCGUAAUUUCGCAAUGGGUGACGGGUGGGAUCCUGAGAAUUCUCGAUUUCUUUUUUUUUUUUUUUGGGAUGCGGCGUAUUAUGGACAUAUUAUGAUUUUUCCCCUCUCCUUUUGGCUUUUCAUCAGUUUGGAGCAUUAAAAUUAGCGGGGCGAGCAGUCCAUAGACAUACAUUAUACACCAGCAUUUGACAGAUUAUACUCCUGACGGAGACAGUGCCAUG